GCGCCGCUCCGGGGGAGGGAAGAUUCAAAAGAAACAGGCUUCGAGCGCUCUUCCCCCCUAGUAGGUCCCACUGCGCCAGUCAUGGCGGAUCUGCACAGUGUCAUCGUGCCCGCGGCCGAGAGCGAGAUCGAAAUUGGAACCGAGGCUGACACCGGGACCGAGAUCGAAGUUGGGACCGAGGCUGUUACCGGGAUCGAGACCGAGACCGCGACCACGGCCACGGCCACGGCCACAGGGAGUGAGGCGGGACGCCUUUUGAGCCCAGGCCAGGCAGCCAGUUACAAGAGAUAUGUAAAGGAAGCAAAAGAAGCCACCAAGAGUGGCAAUAUAGAAGAGGCCCUUAAGCUUUUCUACUUAGCCAAAGCCAUUUAUCCCAAUGACAAGGUUCUGAGCAGAAUCCAGAGACUACAGGAAGCCCUGGAAGAGCUGUCAGUGGAAGAAACUGAUGACUUUGUCAAUGUGUGCAACAGUGGCCUGAUGCUCUAUGGGGAACUGCAUGAUCGCCUUUUUGAGUACCAGAAAGAAGGCGUGGCCUUUCUCUAUAGCCUAUAUAAAGACAAAAGGAAAGGUGGCAUACUAGCAGAUGAUAUGGGGUUGGGGAAGACUGUUCAGAUCAUUGCUUUCCUCUCGGCCAUGUUUGAUGCUGAACUUGUAAGGCAUGUCCUAUUGAUCAUGCCAAGCAGCCUUAUUAGCACAUGGGUCAAAGAAUUUGCAAAGUGGACCCCAGGAAUGAGAGUUGCAACCUUUCAUGGGUCUAGCAAGAGUGAACGUACUAAAAAUCUAACUAGGAUUCAGAGGAAGAGUGGCGUGGCUAUUACAACAUACCAAAUGUUAAUCAACAACUGGCAGCAACUUUCCCAAAUGGAUGGGAAAGAGUUUGUCUGGGACUAUCUCAUACUUGAUGAAGCCCAUAAAAUCAAAAGCUCAUCUACUAAGUCAUCAAAAAUUGCCCGUUGUAUCCCUGUGAAAAAUCGCAUCCUCCUAACAGGAACGCCAAUUCAGAAUAACUUGUAUGAGCUGUGGUCCCUUUUUGAUUUUGCCUGUCAGGGAUCCUUGCUAGGAACAUCGAAAACCUUUAAAAUGGAGUAUGAAAAUCCUAUUAUUAGGGCAAGGGAGAAAGAUGCUACUAUAGGCGAGAAGGCCCUGGGGUUCAAAAUCUCUGAAAACUUGAUGACUCUUAUCAAGCCCUAUUUUCUCAGGAGAACUAAAGAAGAUGUCCAGAAGAAAAGUGCCAAUAAUAAACAGAGCAGUCUUCCUGAAAAGGAUCCAGGUGGUGCUGAUUUCUGUGAAAUGCCUUCCCUUUCCAGGAAAAAUGAGUUAAUUAUUUGGGUGCGUUUAGUGCCUCUGCAAGAAGAAAUCUAUAGGAAAUUUGUCUCCCUGAACCACAUCAAACAGCUAAUGAUAGAAACACGUUCACCUCUGGCCGAGCUGAAUGUCUUAAAAAAGUUAUGUGAUCACCCGCGGUUACUAUCAGCACGGGUCUGCAGUCUGUUAGGUCUCAAAGGAAGUAGCCUCUCUGGUGGAGAUGAAAGUCAGUUGGUUCAUUCAGAUAUCCAAAUGGAUCAGAUACCCCAUGAUUCCCUAAUGCAAGAAUCUGGGAAAGUGAUAUUCCUUAUGGCUUUGCUUAAGAGAUUACAAGAUGAAGGACAUCAAACUCUGGUGUUUUCCCAAUCCCGAAAACUUCUAGACAUUAUAGAACACCUGUUAAAGGCAGAACAUUUCAAGACUUUGCGUAUUGAUGGAACUGUUACCCAUCUUUCAGAAAGACAGAGGCGAAUUGAUUUAUUUCAACAGAGUCGGGGGGUCUCUGUUUUUCUCCUCACUUCCCAAGUAGGCGGGGUAGGUCUUACUUUAACAGCAGCAACUCGGGUGGUCAUUUUUGAUCCUAGCUGGAAUCCCGCAACUGACGCACAAGCAGUAGAUAGAGUUUAUAGAAUUGGACAAAAAGAAAAUGUUGUUGUAUAUAGGCUGAUCACCUGUGGCACAGUGGAAGAGAAAAUAUAUAGAAGACAGGUUUUCAAGGAUUCAUUAGUAAGACAGACGACUGGGGAUAAAAAAAACCCUUUCAGAUAUUUUACCAAACAAGAAUUAAGAGAGCUCUUUACAUUAGGGGAUUUUCGGAGUUCUGCAACACAGUUGCAGCUGCAUUCUCUACAUGCCGGUCACAGAAAGACUGAUAAGAAACUAGAAGAACAUAUUGCUUACCUGCACACUUUGGGAAUAGCAGGAAUCUCUGACCACGAUUUGAUGUUCACACAUGAUAUUCCUGAAGAGUUAGAGGAAGGACAAUCUCAGUAUAUUCAAGAAAGGGUUCAAAAGGCUCAGCUCCUAGUUGAAUUAGAGUCUCAGAAUAAUGAACUCUUAAUGAGCAAUAUAAAAAGUGGAAUUGAUGAAACCUGGUUGAAAGAAGCCACAUCUUCCAGACCAAAGAAAAAAGGCCCGGAAUUUAAUGUCCUACAUCAUCUUUCACCACCUAUCAUUGAUCUUGUGCAGGAAGACUCUCUCCGUUCUGGAAUUGCAACUCUAAAUAUCACUGAAGACAGCAAGACAUGUGAUCUCUCUGGCAUGGAUGUAGAUAUGUCUGUAAAACAAUCUGGUGUUGACGUACCUGAACACAAAGCUGAUGAUGAACUUAGAACUACUUUUUCCAGUGAAGAGGGCCAUGAAAUGGAAAUAUCAAAGACCAGUCAUCCCAAUGAGAGUCAUAUUUCAAUAGAUACCACUCAAGACAGUGUAAAGCAGUUAGUUCAGGAAAUAGCAAAAGCUGAUGCUGAGCCAAAUCCAGAUCAAAUAAUCCCCAUCAGUCCAGAGAAGUCUCUGAAAUUGGGUACUUCUAUCAAUAUGUCAACAUGCCCAAGUGCAUGGGAAAAUUCUGGACCAAAUCAGAGCAGGUUAGGGAAAGAAUCGUUAGUUUCUUCACUGCAGAAUAUUGGUGAUUUCAAUCUUUUCUUAGAAGAUUCUCUAGGGAGUGACCAAAAUCUUUCUAAUCUGCCUCUGGAACCCACUGAGAGGGAGAACAUCACCUGGGAGUUAGCAGACAAUCCUGAAGGGAAAAGUAGUAGCGUCAGGUCUUUACAGCUUGACGAUUGCUCUGAUAGAGAAAGUGAACUAGAAGAUGAAAUAAUUUGUGUGAAAACCAGGUAUAAGGCAAAUAAGAUUGUUUCAGAUGAUGAUGAUGAUUCUGUGAUUGAAGGAAUGUUAUCCCCUUUACCAAACCCAUUACUAACACAAUUUAGUUCAACUCCUAAAAGCAACAGAUCGCAAUCUGAAUUGUUUUUCUCUGAAAUGUGCAGUGGUGGGAAUAAUUCUGCAAUUGCUAGAAGAUCCCUGGCUUCUAGGAGAUCUCUUAUUAAUGUCGUUUUAGACCAUGUUGAAGAUAUGGAAGAAGAUGCCUGUGAGCCAAAGAGUACCGAUGAGUAUUUAUCAGAAGAAGAAGAAGAAGAAGAAGCAGCAGCAGCAGCAGCAGCAGAGUCUGAACACUCAGAAGAAGAACCCACUGAGGAAACCCCACUGUUCCAGAGGGAGGCCUGCUCUUUGCCUGGAGCUCAUACAGACUCGGCCCCAGGAGCAUCCAAUAAAGAUUCACAAGAGAUGCCUGAGCACAACCCAAGUUCAGCUGCAGAGGCAACGGACGAGUAUGAGACUCUUGUCAGGCGGGGAAAAGAAUUGAAAGAGAGUGGGAAAACCCAGGAAGCACUCAACUGUUUACUGAAAGCCCUUGAUAUACAAAGUACAGAUCCUCAAGUCAUGCUCAUGACUUUAAAUUUAUACAAGCUACUUAAUCAAACGUGAAAAUCUGUGCUGAUUUUUGUAAUUGUUUCUCCCAAGUGAAGGUGGCGAUAGAGGAUAGGUUCCAGCACGGAUCAUAACAUGUUCAUGUUCCUACUUUUUGUGGUGUGGUCACUAGUUUUGUGCGUUCGUUCGUUCGUUCAUUCGUUCCUCCCAUCAAGCAGGGCUGGGGAGGAUUGAGAUUUGGGCUGCCUGGUUUGUUCUUAUUGUUUCACUUUGGGGGCAGUCCAGAUGGGAGGAAGCUGUUUUUUUUUAAGGGUUCUUUUAUGGUUAAAAGCCAGUUGGCCCUGUUCUGAAACAAAAAACCAAAACAUCCCCAGGGCUUUGCAAUCCAGAGCGGGACAUUAAAGUGAAUUUCAUUCAA